CUUUCUUACCGACCUGACAGUAUUAACAGGCGGAGAGGUGACGUUCGAAUUACUAAAGAAUAAUGGAGUGUAUUAACGCCAAAUUUGUCUCUCAGAAGGUUAGCAAAACAAGAUGGAGACCGGUGUCUACGGGGUCCCUACAUCCACCAGAUGUGUUCGCCACAGGGUCGUGGGACAACGAGGACAACAAAGUUUCUUUAUGGUCUAUUGGGGAGCAUGGAGUUUCCCAUAUGGAAGACGAGUUCGAAGGAGAUCCACAGUUGUUUUGCGAGUACAAGCAUAACGGAGAUGUUCUGGAUCUGCAUUUUCUGGACCAAGAGAGAAUCGUCACAGCCUCAUCAACUGGAGCAGUGACCAUCUUCCGGCACCAUCCCAACAGCCAGACUUUGUCUGUGGCACAAGUGUGGGACAAAGCUCACCACUACCCUUGUGACAACGCGCCGUGCACGGGGCUGGUGUGCAACAGCCCAGAGAUCGUGACAGUGGGGGAAGACGGGAGGGUCAUCCUCUUCAGAGCGGACCACAAAGUACCCCUGCGCACCAUAGAUAAUGCUGACAGCAGCACAAUCCACGCUGUGACCUUCCUGAGAACAACAGAGGUCCUCACAGUCAACUCUAUUGGCCAGCUGAAACUGUGGGACUUCAGGCAACAGGGCGGCGAUCCUUCACAGAUCCUGUCCCUAACUGGAGAAAGAGUCCCUCUGCAUUGUGUGGAUAGGCACCCCAACCAGCAGCACAUUGUGGCCACCGGGGGGCAGGAUGGCAUGCUGUGCAUGUGGGACGUGAGACAGGGCAGCGUGCCUUUGUCUUUGAUGGAGGCCCAUUCUGCUGAAAUGUGGGAAGUUCAUUUUCAUCCGACAAACACAGACCACUUGUUCACGUGCUCAGAAGAUGGCUCCUUGUUGCACUGGGAGAGCUCUACAAAUUCCUCCAUGGCAUCCUUCUUACAGGGCGGUCGGAACACCAGCGUGAUAUCUCGCAGCGCAGUCCAACAGGCUGGCGGGAACCAAUCCCUGAUGAGUGCCUGGCUGGGCGGAGACUCCAGUAAGGGUCACCUGGAGACCACGCACAUGCUGCCCAGCCAGACCCUGUCCGUGAACAGUCUGGAUGUGAUAGGGCAGUGCCUGGUCUGUGGAACUGAUGGAGAGGCCAUUUACAUCAACAGACAGGUCCCUGUCUAGAGCAAAGAGCAUCAUUCAGCAAUGCGGACUUUUUCACUUUGGCUUAUUUACUAUCUGUGUAACUCUGAGUGUUAUUAUCUUUUUUGUAUUCAAGAGCAGUUUGAUUAAAAAUUAUGAAGCUGUCUGUUAGGUAUUGGAUGUGAUUUCAUCUGAAGGGAUUCAUCUAAGAAACUCCCCUUCACAUCCCUCACUCUUGAAGGA